AUGAAGGCCGUCUUCUGGGAGGGCAAGCCGUAUGAGGUGGCCGUGCAUGACACGCCCAAGGCCAAGAUCGUUGACGCCACCGACGUGGUAGUGCGCGUGUCUAGCGCCGCCAUCUGCGGCACCGACCUGCACACGUACCACGGCGUCUUUGGCAGCGCCAAGGUUCCGUACCCGCUUGGUCACGAGGCCAUGGGCUACGUCACCGCCAUCGGCGCCGACGUCAAAGCCGUCAAAGUCGGCGACCGCGUCAUCAUCCCGGACCUGCCCGCCUCGGGCGUGUUCCCGACCAACCCGUCGUUGAAUGAGAACAUCACCACGUUCGGCUUCGGACCCGACUUUGGAAACCUCGGCGGCUGCCAGGCCGAAUAUGUCCGCGUCCCGUUCGGCGACGAAAGCGUCGAGGUCAUCCCGCCCGGCAUUCCAGACAAGGAGUACCUCUUCAUCUCGGACAUCUGGGCGACGUCUUGGACGGCGCUCGACUUCGCCGGCUUCCAGGCCGGCGACACAGUAGCCAUCUUCGGCGCGGGGCCUGUGGGCCUGCUGUGCGCGUACUCGGCGCUGCUACGCGGCGCCGCCCGCGUCUAUUCCAUCGACCACGUCGCCGCGCGCCUAGCCGUCGCCAAGUCCAUCGGCGCCAUUCCUAUCAACCUGACGCAGGACGGUGGCCCAGCUGCCCAGAUUAUCCGGCUCGAGCCUGGCGGUGUUACCCGCGCGUGCGACUGCAUUGGCGAGGAGGCUGUAAACACUGAGCGUAAGUACCAGGAGGGUUUCGUUAUUCAGGAAGCCGUCAAGAUGGUCUCAGUCAUGGGCGGCAUCGGAGUUAUCGGCGUGUACUUCAAGCAGCCGACGAGCGCCGGGGUGCCCAAUGCGUCCCGUGUUCAUUCCGAGAUCCCGUUCCCCAUCAGCCAGUUCUGGUCGAAGAACUUGUCUUUGCAGGCGGGCGCUGUGGACGCCAAGCAGCUGGCGCCGAAGCUCAUCGAGCUGGUCAAGUCUGGGCGUGCGCGCCCGGGGUUCAUCGUGUCACUGGAGAUCGACAUUGAGGAGGCGCCGCGAGGUUACCGACGCUUCAACGACUACCUAGAAACGAAAGUGGUGCUACGCUUCCCAGAGCAGAAAUAG